UACCCAGGAGGUGUGUCAGGCAUCGAUGAACUUAUUUAUAAGCAAAGGCGGCUGUGCUGGAGAAGAAACUUUGCUGAGGCUUUGUCAGCUGCUGCUCCUUCCCUGACACCACUUGAAAAGCACCUCUACUGCGAUGGGGCGGCAAAAGGACGUUCUUGCUACCAUUGAGGAGCACCUGAGGAUCAGAAACAAAUUAGUGCGGCAAGCACUGGCCGAGUGCCUGGGGACGCUGAUCCUGGUGCUCUUUGGCUGUGGCUCUGUUGCUCAGAUCAUCCUCAGCAGAGGCACUCAUGGAGGUUUCCUGACUGUCAACCUGGCCUUUGGCUUCGCGGUAACGCUCGGCAUUUUGAUCGCAGGACAGGUAUCAGGUGGACACCUGAACCCAGCUGUCACUUUUGCCAUGUGCUUAUUGGCCCGGGAGCCCUGGAUCAAGCUACCAAUUUAUGCUCUUGCACAAACCCUGGGGGCUUUCCUUGGAGCUGGCAUAGUCUUUGGGCUGUACUAUGAUGCUAUCUGGGCUUUUGACAAUAAUCAGCUCACUGUUGUUGGAAAGAAUGCCACUGCUGGUAUUUUUGCCACCUACCCAUCUGAGCAUCUGAAUGUUGUGAACGGCUUCUUUGACCAGUUCAUUGGCACUGCCUCUCUGAUUGUUUGUGUCCUGGCUAUUGUCGAUCCCUACAACAACCCUGUCCCCACCGGCCUGGAGGCUUUCACAGUUGGCUUUGUUGUCCUCGUUAUUGGAACCUCCAUGGGCUUCAACUCUGGCUAUGCUGUCAACCCUGCCAGGGACUUUGGGCCUCGUCUCUUCACAGCCAUUGCUGGCUGGGGCACUGAAGUGUUCCGGGUUGGCAAGCCAUCCCAUUGGUGGUGGGUCCCAGUGGUGGCUCCUUUCCUCGGGGCAGUUGCGGGGGUGAUUGUCUACCAGCUGACGAUCGGAUGUCACGAUGAGCCCUCCCCACCUGCCUCUGAGCAGGAGACAGUCAAGCUGGCCAACGUGAAGCACAAGGAGAGGGUCUGAGGAGGCUGCCACCCAGAUCUGGCAGGUAUUCAUUUCUCAGGACUGCAGCUGGCAAAAGUUUAGAAGAGCUUCAAGAACAACAGGAAGAGUUUUUUACCUGUCUUGAGAUAUUCUAGUAAUUUUUUUUCUUUUUUGUAUAUCCCUGAUGCAUUUGCUUUUGACAUUUUCCUGUGAGCCUUCCUCCAAAUGCAGUAUCAUACAAUCUUUUCCUAAUUGAAGGGGAUUGAGGACUGUAGGAGUCAGGAGAGAAGUGGGAAUUGUUGUCCAACAUAAAUCAGGUAUUCAGGAAUUUGAAGCUCUUUUGAGCUAUGUUGCUGACAUUGCCUGUGACCUGGGCAAACUGCUUCCUUUCAAACCUGUGUUCCAAUCUGUAGAAUGGGGAUCAUGCAAAACCUAAAUUGUUUUGCUGGCAUGGAUUGGAAACUCCUACAUCCUGGAGGAAAUUUGCCUGUGAUUCUGUGGAUCAAAUUCUGCUUGAUGUUGCUCUAAAGUCAGUACCGGGAAUAAAUCUAGAGGAUUUUUAUUAGCCAAACUUUUAUAUCUCUUAUGAAUUCCUAGAUAUUGUAUCAGUCAGCUGAUCCAUGUCAGUGCAGAGAGUAAGAAUGCAUUGGAUUUUCAUUAAAUAUUAAGACAAAAUGUUUACAAACAGUGCACCCUGAUGUUACAAUCAUAAAUUUAAGUAUUGCCAUCUCCUAGAAGAUCACAUGUAGGAAAUCCUUAUUCUAACCAGGGCUAACCUAGACAGAAAGCUUGGGUCCCAGAAGCAGCCUUUCUAAUUAAUCAGCUUUGUAUAUAAGCUGCAAGCAGCUAAAAGCCAGGAUCCACUGGAAACACAGUGUUGCUUAAGUUGCGUGUGUUCAUGUAAAUUUUACAAUGGUGUUGUUGGGGUUUUUUGUUUGGUUUUUUUUUUUAGUAGAUUUAUAUAUAAAUAUACUCCAUAAAGCUGUUACUAAAUACCAAGGUUGGGAUGAGCUCAUUUAGAGAUGUAUGGGAACUGCCGAUUCUCUGUCAGCUUUGAGAUAACUUUGGGUUUUCCUGGGAUGGUCUUGGAUUAUGGCAUUGUGGUUUUUGGAGCACCUCCUUUUCUACCUUGCAGAAUAACUGGGAUAUCCCUGGUACUCAUGGCUGGGGGACUGAGGUCAGGCACCUCCUGUACUAGCAGUACUGGCAUCUCAGGGGAUCUCUGGCUCACCCAAUGCCAUAUUGUUACAAACUAUUUGCAAAAAAGCAUUGCUGGUUGUGAAAGAAUUUGUAAGUCCUGUGCGUUAGAGAAGAUUGUUCAAAGCCUAUUUCUUUAAUGCAUGAAUUAAUUGAAAAAUGUAUCUUUGUACACAUUUCCAGUGACUAAAAGGAUGUAUUCUUUUUCCUUUUGAAAAAAAAUAAAAUGUCAAUACCCUCA